AUGGGAAAGCCAGAAACAUUCGAUCCAUACUACGGUGUCAAAGAUAUAAGUGACGAUGGUGAUAUUACAAAGCCAGAAAAUAUUGAUGCAUUGCAAGCAUAUGUAUUGAAAUGUACAAUGAAACUCGGUGUGCAUGUUGCAACAGCUGAUGGGGGCUUUUCGGUCGAAGGACAGGAGAAUAUUCAAGAAAUUCUUAGUAAACAAUUGUAUUUAUGUCAAUUUUUGGGUGCUCUAUCAGUUCUUCGUCCAGGAGGAAAUUUUGUUUGUAAAUUAUUUGAUUUAUUCACACCAUUCAGUGUUGGUCUUGUCUAUUUGAUGUAUCGCACAUUCAACCAAAUAUCUAUACAUAAACCAGUAUCAAGUCGACCAGCUAAUUCCGAGCGGUAUAUUAUAUGCAAAGGUUUACGCGAAAGUGUACGUGAUAUUGUUCGAGUGUAUAUGUAUGAAAUUAAUUCAAAACAGUGUAAACACCGAAAUGAUACAGAACCAAACGAUAUACAAUCAAUUGUACCUUUAGAUAUUAUUAAGUCUAAUCAUGAGUUCUGUAAUUAUAUAAUUGCAUCAAAUAAUACGAAACUAAUUGAUACUCGUCAGUCAAAUAUUCGACAACAGUGUCUCACAUUAUGGAAUAUUCCAGAUGAACAGAGACCAAAACGGCGACGAUUACUUUAUAAUGAUAUAUACAACGAGUUAUUUGGUCGACUGGAUCAAGGUAUUGAGAAUUACAUUCUCAAUACACCUAAUUUAUUAAAAAAAUGUGUUUUAAAUCAAAAUCAAAUGGCCUCAUUGUUCGAUUAUCGAUGCGUAUUAUCACUAGGUGAUCCUGUUCUAUUAUUGAGUUGUGGACGUAGUCAAGUGUAUUCAAUCGAUCUACGACAUAAGAAUAAAUGCUGGACAUUAUUAGAAAAAACACCAUUCAAAAUUGAAUUACCACCCUAUACAUUAUUAUUAGGAGAAAAAGUUCUCGAAGAUUUUCGAGAAGGUCGUACACUUCGUCAAAAACCAGCUAUUUACAUAAUAGAUGCUUAUUUCAUCGGCAAUGAAAAUAUCCUGAUGAAUAAUAAAGGUCCAGUCGUGUUUAUCGAUCGAUUUCGUUCUAUGAAAUUAUUUGAAAAAACCAUAAAUAAACCGUCUCGUUAUGAUCUCGCACCCAUACGUGUUAGUGAACAGUUAAGAUGUGAACAUUUAGACGCAAAUAUCACAAAGUUGUGUGAAUCAGGUCAUUAUGAUCAAAUUGAUAGUGAAAAGCUUUGGUAUGUUAACGAAUCUGUUGUUGAAAAUAAACCACGAGUACAAGUUCAUGGAAUAUGGUUUUUCAAGUUUGUUCAGUGUCCAUGGACGAUCUUAUGGGGUCGUUCAAAACAGCAGAAAUAUUUUCAUAAUCAAAACACGCGUGUAUCAGAAAGUGUCGCACCGUCGGAUUAUUCGCAUGUAGCUUCUUUACGAUCUAUGCUUGAAAAUAGCUUUUAUUGGGAUUUUAAUACUAAUUUUCGAGAUGAUACUGUGUCAAAAUCAAACAUGAUCUCAUUUAUUCGAGGAAAAACUGAUCAACAACAACGUCCAUCACAACAGCAGCAACAUAAUCAUACUUAA